AUGGAUCUCAAUCGAGCUGUGGCUGAUGAUGUCAAGAUUGAUAAAAUCCAAAAAUACGGGGUCGAAGAGUCUAGAGCUAUUGUUGAUCAUGGUCCCGAGAGAGCUGAACUUUGGCUUGAAAACACUAUUUGGGUAUUUGAUGAACUUUCAUGCAUGCCAAAUGAGUGUUUACAGUGUGCUAUUUCAUUAUUGAGAGAUACAACGUAUCAGUGGUGGAAUACUUUAGUGUCUGUGGUGCCGAGAGAAAGCGUUACCUGGGAAUUCUUUCAGUCUGAGUUCCGGAAAAAAUAUAUAAGUCAAUGGUUUCUCAAUCAAGAGCACAAAGAAUUCCUAGAAUUGAAACAGGGCCGUAUGACUGUGACCAAGUAUGAAAGAGAAUUUGUACGAUUGAGCAACUAUGCUCGGGAGUAUGUUUCUACUAAAGAAAUCAUGUGUAAACGAUUCAUUGAUGGGUUGAACGAGGAUAUUAAACUUCUAGUCAGAAUUCUAGAAUUGAAAAAAAUUGUUGCCUUGGUUAAUAGAGCUUGCAAAGUCGAUGAGCUUAGCAAAGAAAAGAGAAAAAUAGAUUCAGAGGCCAGAGAUUCAAGAAAAAGAUUGAUGAAUAAGCCAUAUCAAUCUUCAUCAAAGAAAUCCAGAGAUUUGUACACUCAUCCGAAUGCUCAAGCUAUAUGA